AGCUGUUUAAAAGAUCUAAGCUAAGCAACACAUUAGAGAGAGGUAGAGCGAGAGAGCCAAGAGUUUUUCUCAGACCCAUAACCAUGGUUCUUGUUUCACGAGAAAGAAUAAUAUAAAAGACACUAAGCGGCUUCAACACAGAGAAAGGAAGGAGAAAGAGGAGGAGGAGAGAAGAAAGAUAUUUUUGGUCUAUUUUCCAAUCAGACUUCCAACACAUUUUUCUACUCUCUCUCUUUCUGUAUGUCUACCUCUGCGGAAUUUGAUCUCACCAGAGAGUUUCUCUAGUCUGUAUCUUUUCAGAAUUAUCUUUCUGUCGGUUGAAGGAUUCAGGAACUGUUUCUAUACGUGAUAUUCUGAUUGCUUCAAAUCUGCGAUUUCAAGGUCUAGACAGUUGAUUUACCUCGGGAAGCCGAAUUCAGUGGUUUAAGAAUUUUUUCGGGAAAGUCAAUUUACGGAAAGUUUGUCAAGGAAAUCAGUUUUUCGAGGAAGCAGAUCUGAGGAGGAACUGGACAUCCAAUUCUGCAAUUUGCCUUCUCUGUGAAAUUCUGAGAAUCCACUAAUUCGGGAGUUAAUCACUGAAUUUUCACAGAAUUCUUUUAUUUGGGUCCAAAAGAAAAAUUCGCAGCUGGAGAUGGAGCUUCCUCAAUCCCGUCCUUUUGAAGUCGAAGGGAGGAAACCGACGCAUGACUUUCUAUCACUGUACAGUCAUUCAACUGUCCAGCAAGAUCCAAGGCCACCUUCUCAAGGUGCUAACUACCUGAAAACACAUGAUUUUCUACAACCACUGGAACAGGUAGGGAACACAAAUACCAAGGAAGAAACCGGCUCUGAGAUAUCAACUUCUGAAAAACCGCCGCCGCCGGCCCCACCUCCUCCAAUGGAGCACAUUCUCCCUGGUGGAAUUGGAACCUACAGUAUAAGCCACAUUUCUUAUUUCAAUCAAAGGGUUCCGAAGCCCGAAGGGACAGCAUUCCCGGCAGCGCAGGCAAGUAGUAAUGAGAGAAAUGAUGAGAACUCGAACUGCAGUUCUUACACGGGAAGUGGUUUCACUCUUUGGGAAGAAUCUACUUUGAAGAAGGGAAAGACAGGGAAGGAGAAUGCGGGAGAGAGACCCAUUUUGAGAGAAGCGGCGGGGAAGGUAGCGCAGUGGACGACGUCGGAGCGGCCGUCACAGUCGUCGAGUAAUAACCAUCGAAACAGCUUCAGCUCUCUCUCUUCGUCUCGGUCAUCAGCGCAGAAGAGCCAGAGCUUCAUGGAAAUGAUAAAAUCUGCCAAAGGAAGCACCCAGGAGGAAGAUUUAGACGAUGAUGAAGAGUUCGUUCUCAAAAAGGAAAUAUCCACAACCCAGAAAGGAGAAUUGAGGGUGAAAGUGGACGGGAAGAACACUGGUGAUCAGAAGCCCAACACACCACGUUCAAAGCAUUCUGCGACGGAGCAGCGUAGAAGAAGCAAAAUAAAUGAUAGAUUCCAGAUGUUGAGGGAGCUUAUCCCACAUAGUGACCAGAAGAGAGAUAAGGCAUCUUUCUUGUUGGAGGUCAUAGAGUACAUUCAGUUUUUACAGGAAAAAGUUCAGAAAUAUGAGGGGUCGUAUCAGGGAUGGAACCAUGAACCAGCGAAACUAAUUCCAUGGAAAAAUAAUCAGCGUGCAGCCGAAGGUUACGUCGAUCAGUCUCGGGGUAUAAAAAGUGGGUCGGCCCCUGCAGUAGUGUUUGCUUCCAAAUUUGAUGAGAAGAAUGUUGUAGUUUCUCCAACCGUUCCUCUAAGUAUGCAGAAUCCUAUUGAAACAGAUAUAAGCACAGCUACUACAUUGAAAGCAAUGGAUCACCACCCUGUAAUGAUAAACAAACCAGUGCCUUCUCCAAUGUUCCUACAGCCAUGUUUCUCUCCUGUACAAGGUGGUGUAUCGGUCGCUCUCCCGAGUAGAAUGGCUUCGGAUGCAGAGAAUACUGCAUCUCAGUCUCAGACAUUUUCAAGUCACAGCAGGUCAUGCAAUAAUGGGGUUGCUGUGGCUAGUGAUAAGCUUAAAGAACAGGGCCUAACAAUUGAAGGCGGCACAAUUAGUAUCUCAACUAUAUAUUCUCGAGGGUUGUUAAACACUUUGACACAAGCGCUGCAAGGUUCUGGAGUGGAUUUGUCACAGGCCAGCAUCUCGGUGCAGAUUGAACUUGGGAAGCGAGCGAGGAUUCAAACAACUCCACUAAUGUCCAUGUCUAAGGAUAAUGAAAUUACCCCUGGCAAUCAAGGAACCAUUCGUCCUAGAGUUGCAGGUGGUGAAGGCUCUGAUCAACCCCUAAAGAAGGCAAAAACAAGCAAAAGCUAAGUUACAACAACUUCAGUAUAUUAUUAUUAUUUUAUAAAAUUUUAUUGAUUCAUUUUUUUGGGUAGUUGGCCUAGUUCACAUAAGUUAUUCAAGGAGAGAGGUGAGAAAUCCUAUAUUGUACAUGUGAUGGCUUACAGUUCGUUUGGAUCCAUAGAAAUCCUAACGAAAUUCCUAUGUACCAUAUAACUUUGAUCUUCUACAUUUUUUGUUUUUCUUUCUUAAAGAAUUCUAAUAUUCAUCACCACAGAGGCUUCCUGCUAAUGUUGAGGAGCUGCAUAUUCAUACAAGCCUUCCUUCAUGUGAAGUUUUCCUUAAAACUGUUACCAUAAUCUUUCUGAAAUUGUUCCUAUUGAACCUAAUUUAUGUGUCGAUGCCAAUACCCUAUUCGGCUCAAAUUUAUCAUUCGCAUUUGAAUGUACAAACUUUAUUUUUAUGGAGUCUGAAGAGGUGAUCAGUUUCCAA